CGCGGGGUUCGGUUCCAUAUCGCGCUCGACCCGCAAGUUGUCUCCUUCCUCCAUCGUCUACUCCCUGGACAGGGAUAAGACAGGUUAUGUCCUGCAGUAUAUGCCUCGGAGACUUCAACGAGGCCGUCUCCGUGCCAUGCGGGCACGCAUUCUGCCUUGAAUGCCUCAAUAGUCACAUUGAGACAUCAAUGGAGAAUGCUGCGGAGGAGACUACGGUAGUUCUUUGUCCUGAUUGUCGCGCCCCUUUCAAGACAGUCAUGCCCGAACACAAUCUCAUUCCCAAGCAUCUGCGCCCCUUUGUUCAACCAUCCGUUCGCCGCUUGUACCUCAACGCGGCGGAGGACACCGCGAAUCGAAUCAAGGCCCUCGAGCGGGACAAGCAGCAACUGCUUGCGUCCUGCGAGCGCCAUAUGGGCGCUGCUGCACGCCACAGGGAAGGCGAACGCGCACAGAGGACCCGGGCCCAGGAGCUUGAAGAGGAGCUUCAGUCGACCAAGGAUCGUUUGAUGGGCAUCAUUGAAACAUACGACGAGCGCCUCUUCGAUAUGCAGAGGAAGAUUCGGUCGCUGGAAAUGACCGUGCAACAGAAGGAGGACGACCUUGCCAGGAUGCGGACGACGGUGUACAGUGUACAUGCCGAAGCUAACGAAUCCCGCGGGGAGAGGAAGAAGCGCAAGGUGAUCUCUCCAGUCGGCAGCGCCAUUUCCGAAGAUGAGCGAGACGAGCCGCCCGUCCGUCGCGCGCGGAAGUCCCUACCUCGCCGAGCCGCACCCUCUCACUCAAUUCAAGUCCAAGAUCGUCUGUCUACAGCUUUGGAAGAGUACUACAAGAAGACCCUCUCAAAAGCGACUCCAUUCGUCGUCCCCAUUGCUCAGCCACCCAGUGCUAGUCGAACCCCGUGCACGCUCGUCCCACCGAACCGACGCAAAAAGAUGAAGCAGCAGGAAGGACUGUCCGGAGGGCGCGCCGACGCUAGCACAUCGUCCGCCCCUGGCCGAUCGGCUGAGGCUGGACCGUCCACGAGUCGUCGAACGGUCUUCAUCGUCUCAGACAGCAGCGACGAUGAAGCGCCACCCACCUUCGGCCGUACGUCGACACGUCAGGACCACAACCCGUGGCGCGUUGCACCCCCGCUCAAUGCCCAACCAAAGCGCCGACGCGUCGAACGCGUGGACGAUUCCGACUCCUUCGACUCGGAAAACGACACGGACGACGACCUCUCCGAGAUGUACCCUGGGCGGAUUCCUAUUCUCGUAGCGUCGCCGAACAGGACAUAUAUGUACACCAUACACCAUCGCAGCUUCAACGGCGUCGACCUAGACUCACCUCUUGGCGGGCUCACAUCUACUCUCAUGCAGAAGCCCGAAUUCUUCGAGUAUACCACCCGACUCUGCUCCAGUUGUGGCCACAAAUUCACCAGCAUCUGCGGUGGCCAUGGUCUCGCAUGCCUCGCUCGCACGCCAGACGAGCGUACCGACAAUCACAGCCGCGGAUUGCUCCGGAGCCGACUCGCCGAACUGGAGGCUGGCUUACAGGAAUGCAACGACGAACUCGCGCGAAUCCACGCGACGAUGCGCCAUUUGCAACUGCAUAAAGCCAGCAUCCAACACUCCAUAACCGACGCGAGAGCGCUCCUUGCACCCGUCCGCACCAUGCCUCCGGAGAUCCUGCGCGCAGUCGCCGCGUACACGCUCCCGCCUCGCUGGUUCGACGACUCGAUCGGCGCGCAUGUAUGGCCCUUCACCCAGGUGUGCCACACCUGGCGGGAGAUCGCGUUCGGGCUGCGCUGGCCUUGGGCAGACUUUCGGUUGCCGUACGUGUGGGGGAAUAGGCGACUAAAAGGAGAGGCCUUGGUCGCCGCAGUGAUUGCGUAUACUAAGCGCUCUGGCCAGCACCCUCUUCGCGUCUGCGUUUGGCCUGCGAAGCCCGAAACAUCCUGGGCCUACAUGUAUGCAUGGCUGUGGGAUAUAAUCUGGGCUAACGCAGAACGCUUGCACGCUCUUGACAUCGUCAACUCGGCCGUGAACCAGAUUCCCUACCCGUCUCUCCCGGCGCUGACCUGGCUAACCAUCCGCGGCGAUCCAACCUCUGACUUCCAAGACGAAGUAGCACUCCCCGAAACCAAACUUGUCCCGAACCUUCGCUCGCUGCAACUUUCCUUCGUCGGAACCGCCGCCUCUCAUGGAUUCGAAUGGUCUAUGCUGCAUGCGCUCGAUGUCAAUUGCGCAAACCUCGAAGACCUUCACGUACUCUCUAUGUGUUCGAACCUCGUCAAACUCCGCAUGCGUUCGGGACCUGGUGUCCUUCCAUCGAAUCCCAUCCAUUUGCCGUUGCUCAAGCGACUCUGCAUUGGUUACGCGGCAGUAGAACUAUGUCCCUUUAUCAGGGCACCUCGUCUAACGCACUUCAUACUCGAUGCGACGCGGGAGACGUCGAGAGGGACGAUGUUCUACCUCGAAGAGCAGAACUUGCUUGGGCGCUAUGCUUUCCUUCUUAAAGGUCUCUUGGCCCCCGUCGAAACACUCGUGCUCCGAAACAUGCACAGCUACAGCGCGGACACCCUUUACGGGAUACUGUUGCUGCCGUGCAGGCUGCGUGAAUUCUACUUCAUCUCAGGGGCACUCGAGCCCCGCAGAGGUCCUGGAUCCAUCGCAUCCAUCCAAUGGAGCUCGCCACCCGACCACAUCCAUUACGAACUAGCUCAAAAGCUCGUCCUGGACGAAUCCUGUCCUGCGCUGGUAGAUCUGGAGUUGGUGGUGUUCUACAACCAAUGUGGACCGACGAAGGGGAACGAUCUGGAAGAAGAGGCGGAGCUGGUGCAAGAUAUAUGGCAGACUCGGGGUCCUUCUCAAGACAGCGGGGCGCUUCGGUCUCACCUUCGGCUCCUAGUACCGAUGGUUUCGACAGACGAACUGGUGGGCUCGGAAGACUUAUUUGGAUACAGUAACAAGGGAAAAUGCAUGCCCGGGGACUGGGAUACUUUGCAGUGGAUCUUCGCUUUAGACUAGCAUGACAAUAUAUCAGAAGCCAUCACAAUGGCAUACUCGUCACCGU